GCCGGCGGCCGGUGGCGGGCGGGACCAACAAAGAUGGCGGCGGCCCCGGCGGCGGGAGAGACCUGGGCGGCAGCUGCGGCUGAAGCUGCAGCCAGGCCCGCGGGGGUGCUACCUGGGGGCAGUGGGGGGCGGGCCUGAGCUGGGGCCUGGCCCCGGCCGGGCUCCCCCGCCUCUCACCGGGAGCAGGUCCAUUCUGUGGUGUCCACAAUGCCCCAGGCCUCUGAGCACCGCCUGGGCCGGGCCCGAGAGCCACCUGUCAAUGUCCAACCCCGAGUGGGAUCCAAACUGCCGUUUGCCCCCCGGGCCCGCAGCAAGGAGCGCCGAAACCCAGCCUCUGGGCCGAACCCAAUGUUAAGGCCUCUGCCUCCCCGGCCAGGCCCAUCCGAGGAACGGCUGAAGAAGAUGGAGCUGGGGCGGGCACGGACCUCUGGCCCUCGUCCCAGAGGCCCCCUUCGGGCAGAUCAUGGAGUUCCCCUGCCUGGCUCACCACCCCCGGCUGUGGCUCUGCCCCCACCCAGGACCAACCUAGCCCGUUCCAAGUCUGUGAGCAGUGGGGACUUGCGUCCGAUGGGCAUUGCCUUGGGAGGGCACCGAGGCGCCGGAGAGCUCGGGGCUGCACUGAGCCGCUUGGCACUCAGGCCUGAGCCACCCGCUUUGAGGCGUAGCACCUCUCUCCGCCGCCUCGGGGGCUUUCCUGGGCCUCCCACCUUGCUCAGCAUACGGACGGAGCCCCCUGCUUCCCAUGGCACCUUCCACGUGGUGUCUGCCCGGCCCUCCGAGCCUUUCUACUCCAAUGACAAAAUGGCUCACCACACGCUGCUCCUGGGCUCUGGGCACGUGGGCCUCCGAAACCUGGGGAACACGUGCUUCCUGAACGCCGUGCUGCAGUGUCUGAGCAGCACCCGGCCUCUCCGGGACUUCUGUCUGCGAAGGGACUUCCGGCAAGAGGUGCCUGGAGGGGGCCGAGCCCAAGAGCUCACUGAAGCCUUUGCGGAUGUGAUUGGUGCCCUGUGGCACCCCGACUCCUGUGAAGCUGUGAACCCUACUCGAUUCCGAGCCGUCUUCCAGAAAUACGUCCCCUCUUUCUCUGGUUACAGCCAGCAGGAUGCUCAGGAGUUUCUGAAGCUCCUCAUGGAGCGGCUACACCUUGAAAUCAACCGACGAGGCCGCCGGGCUCCAGCAAUCCUGGCCAACAGCCCAGCUCCCUCUGCACCGCGCCGUGGUGGGGCUCUGCUGGAGGAGCCGGACUUGAGUGACGAUGACCGGGCCAACCUGAUGUGGAAGCGUUACCUGGAGCGGGAGGACAGCAAGAUUGUGGACCUGUUUGUGGGACAGUUGAAAAGUUGUCUGAAGUGCCAGGCCUGUGGGUAUCGCUCCACGACCUUCGAGGUUUUUUGUGACCUGUCCCUGCCCAUCCCCAAGAAAGGGUUUGCUGGGGGCAAGGUGUCUCUGCGGGACUGUUUCAGCCUCUUCACCAAGGAAGAAGAGCUCGAGUCGGAAAACGCCCCCGUGUGUGAUCGGUGUCGGCAGAAAACACGAAGUACCAAAAAGUUGACAGUACAGAGAUUCCCCCGGAUCCUCGUGCUCCAUCUUAACCGAUUUUCCACCUCCCGAGGCUCCAUCAAGAAAAGUUCCGUAGGUGUGGACUUCCCGCUGCAGCGACUGAGCCUAGGGGACUUCGCCAGUGACAAAGCCGGAAGCCCCACAUACCAACUGUACGCCCUUUGCAACCACUCGGGCAGCGUCCACUACGGCCACUACACAGCCCUGUGCCGGUGCCAGACUGGUUGGCACGUCUACAAUGACUCUCGCGUCUCCCCCGUCAGUGAGAACCAGGUGGCCUCCAGUGAGGGCUACGUGCUCUUCUACCAGCUGACGCAGGAGCCGCCCCGGGGCCUGUGACGCCCUUCAGACCCCGGCACCUGUGAAACCUGUUCAAGACCCUUCGGCCCCAGGCUCCCCGCUUACCUCAGAGACGUCUAUUUUUGUGUCUUUUUAAUGGGGAGGAGGGAGGGUGGUUGUAGCUCCCGUUAUUUUUUUUAUUCAAAAGUACCCUUCCACCCGGAGGUCCCCUUGUCUCUCAGCCCCGUGUACAAAGGCCCCCAGCCCCGCCCCCGUGUACAGCCCCCCGGACUAUACAAUCUCACUUUUUGUGAAUAAAUUUAUUAA